AAACUUUCUCUCAACUUCCAUCUCAAACUGUCACUCUUUCUCCUUUUUAAUCAGAUCGCUCUUUACACUUGUUCUGCCAUGCCUUUUUCUUUCAUUAAAUGCUACAGCUGCCGUUUCUCUCCGACUCCCUACACUUCUCUGCCCUAUAAAAGGGCCCUUUAAAAAUCCUCUGGGACCAACACAACAAACAUCUUCAGCUUCAACUUCAACUUCAACUACUCAUCUCUCCAUCCCACCCAAUUUCCCUCGGUGGGAUAAAAGACUACCAACUGUAUAUUCUCAAAAAAUGAGGCUCUCUCUGGGAUUUGCACUGCCAUCUACACUCCCCUCAACAUCCUCCUCAACACACUCGACAUUACGGUGCUGUACCCUCACACAACUCAUAAAUCUCAACAGGAAGUCUAUAGAAAACCAACCUCUGAAAAAAUGGGAACGUCUGCUGGACCCGGUUGAUAUCGAGCCAAUACCAUCCUGGUUCCCCGCCCCAGCACGCAGACCUGUUAAACUAGGCAACAGAUGGAUGGAAUAUCAGGGUGUCAGAAACUGGGAAGGAAUGCUGGACCCGCUUGAUGAUAAUUUACGUGAAGAGAUUCUUCGAUACGGACAUUUUGUUGAAGCCGCAUACAAGUCCUUCGACUUUGAUCCUUCAUCACCCGCCUACGCCACCUGCCGGUUCCCGAAAAGCACAUUGCUGGAGCGGUCUGGUCUGCCUGAAACUGGUUACCGGCUAACCAAACACCUCCGUGCUACAUCUGGCAUCCAACUUCCACGUUGGAUAGAAAAAGCGCCUAGCUGGGUGGCUACUCAGUCUAGUUGGAUUGGCUACGUGGCAGUCUGUCACGACAAGGAUGAAAUUACGAGGCUAGGACGAAGAGAUGUGGUGAUAGCUUUCAGAGGCACUGCCACUUGCCUCGAGUGGCUGGAAAAUCUACGCGCCACCUUGGGUCACCUUCCGAAUAUAGACUCUGACAAGAGUCCUAAAGGGCACGGACCAAUGGUGGAAAGUGGAUUUUGGAGCCUUUACACUUCUGGAACCACAAUGGGCCUAAGCCUGCAAGAUAUGGUCCGUGAAGAGAUAAAAAGGCUUCUUCAAUCCUAUGGCGACGAGCCUCUUAGCUUGACCAUCACAGGCCACAGCCUGGGUGCUGCCCUCGCAAUCCUCUCUGCCUAUGACAUCAAAACCACCUUCAAAUGCGCACCACUCGUGACUGUCAUUUCCUUCGGCGGUCCACGUGUCGGAAACCGUAGUUUUCGCCAACAUCUGGAAAAACAAGGCACAAAAGUUCUUCGAAUAGUCAACUCCGAUGAUCUAAUAACAAAAGUACCUGGGUUUGUGAUCGACGGAGACAAUGAGGUAGCAAAUAACAAGGACGUCAACGUUUCUAGCCUUCCUGGCUGGAUCCAAAAACGCGUGGAGGAGACGCAGUUAGCUUACGCGGAGGUCGGAAGAGAGCUGAAACUCAGUAGCAAGGACUCUCCCUACCUAAACAGCAUCAAUGUUGCUAGUUGUCAUGAGCUGAAGACGUACCUGCACUUGGUCAAUGGAUUUGUGAGCUCCUCCUGCCCAUUCAGAGCCACGGCCAAGAGACUUCUUAGUAACCAUAGUAGAUAAUAAAAACAGCUAACUAGCUAGGUAGUG